CUUCCCUGAGGUUCAUCUCCGCCGCGUCCUACUCCUAGCAGUAGCAGCCGUCAUCAUGAUGACAAAAGGCCGCAUAAUGUUUGUUUUGCCUCUGCAAGUGUUCUUCAUAUUUUUGGGUAUCAUCACAGGGUCUAAUUGUAUUUAUGAAGAUCAGGUUGGCAAAUUCGACUGGCAUCAGAGCUACAUAGGGGCUUUGAAGUUUGCUUAUGGUGAUGCUUCUGGGAAACGUGGCAUAGUUGCCACAGAAUCCAAUGUCGUUGCGGCUCUCAACUUAAAGACGGGCAAUAUUUUAUGGCGACAAAUUCUUGAGAAAGAGCCACUUGGGAAGAUUCUUUACCUUUCGCCGUCGAGUGGUAGUGAAGCUGUUGUAGUUUCUGGGGGCUCCAAACCUCUUGUCAGAGCCUUUGAUACAAUCAAUGGAGCUCUUGGAUUUGAGUGGCCUUUACCUGGAGAACUGAAUCUUGACAAAGUAAUCUGGGCUAUUUCAACUGAUAAAUUGUAUGCAGUUUCUGUAAACAAUGGUGUUGAUUUUGUUGUCAACCAGUUCAGUUUACGAUCUGGCUCUCAGACUGGAAAGUGGCAACACAAUGCACCAUGGGCGCACAAAAGCAAGUGUGUUAUUUCAAGAGACCUCGUUAUUUGCUAUUCUGGAAAAGAGAUUCACAGUGUGAGAUUUUCUCAAAAAGAUGCCAAAGCAUUUACCUUGGAAUUACACCAACAAAUUGUCAACAUUCGGUCAGUGAAAUCUGGAGAAAAGCCUGGAGUGUUCCUAGACUUUGCAGAGAAUGGGUCAGAACAGUCUCACCAAGUUGUUCUCUUGCCUGAGCAGGGACAGUCAAUUGUUAAGUGCAAAUUGAUGCCCUAUUCUGCCCACUGGGUUCUCUCUGAUCCAAACCAUGAAGCUGUGUCUGUUGUACAGCUUAUUUUAAAAAAUAAGGUGCUCGAAGUUGUAACCACUGACUGCAUGUCUGGUAAAAAAAUUGAAGAAUCCAGUAGUGCAUUUCCAUUCACCAUUUCUGCCAGUCUUCCUCAACUGGAAGAUGUUAUUUGUGGGUCACGCAACGAUCUAUCAUUAUGUCGCCUCCUUGUGCAUACCGAAGAAGAAUCAAUCGCUCUUCUACAUUCUUCUGGUAAACAACUUUGGGUUCGAGAAGAGUCCUUGGCAUCUAUAUCAGUUGUUGAAAUGAUGGACCUCCCAGUGUCUGACAAAGAUGCUGCCAUAGAAAAGGAGUUUGACAAUAAGGAAGCUGGAUUAUUAGGAAUGUUUGGAAGACGACUGGUUAGCCAAACCUUGCAGUUCCAGCAGCUUCUGCAGACUGUGUUUGGAAUAAGCGAUCCUAUUCAGCCAGCUGGUCAGAGAACAGAUUUAGUGCGAGAUGAUUUUGGCCUCCAUAAAAUGAUUGUUGUUGCAACAAAAGCAGGAAAGUUGUUUGGAUUGGACAAUUUAAAUGGAGAAAUAGUAUGGCAGAAGAUGUUGACGAAUGUUGACACAAGUUCCAUGCAACUCUUUGUUCAAAGGACUACUAGGCAUGGACCAUAUCCAGCUCAAUGUUCUUUGUUACUGAAGGAUAAAGUUUCAAAUGAAAGUGUCCUCUAUACCUUCGACCCUAUCACAGGAGUGGGUUUGAAGAAGAAUCUUGGUUAUCGUGUUCUUCAAGCUAUGCUUCUUUCCGUUAUGGAUGAAGAGUCACUGCGACCCAUUUUAUUACUUGAUUCUGAAGAAAAAGUUUACAUAGAGCCUCAAACGGCAAUCUCACUGGCUGACUCCUUUGCUGCCUCCACUUACAUGUAUGUGGCAAAUACUGAUACGGGAAUUAUGAAUGGGUACACACUGGCCCAAUCAACUGGAGAGAGGCUAGUGGCUUCUAAAGUGUGGGAUGUGGUUUUCAACCCAGAGACCCAAACAUUGGUGAAUAUUGUUGGAAAGAGCCCUCAAGAACGAGUACACUCACAGGGCCGUGUUUUAGGUGAUCGUAGUGUUCUCUACAAAUAUGUCAACCCCAAUCUCAUUGCUGUUGUUACUCAAGGAACUGACCCUUUGCAUAAGUAUGUUCUCAAUGUAUAUCUCCUGGAUGCUGUGUCAGGAGCUGUAAUUUUCUCUAUCUCUCAUAAGAGGGCUCGUGAACCCAUACAUCUAGUCCACACUGAGAAUUGGGUUGUUUAUACCUACUUUAGUGAAAAGUGGAGACGCACUGAAAUCACUGCGAUUGAACUGUAUGAAGGAAAAACCCAGAGCAACUCAGGGGCCUUCUCCUCUCUUCUUUCACCUGUGAAUCCGUUAGUUGAACGCCAGUCUUACAUUCUCCCUGCUAUGGUUCAGUCCAUGACACCAACUGUUACAGAAAAGGGCAUCACCAGUCGGCACCUUCUUGUUGGCCUUGCGAGUGGUGCUGUUCUUGAGUUACCAUGGAUGUUUGUGGAUCCCCGUAGACCAGUUACAGUAACACCUGAGAUGCGAGAAGAAGGUGUGAUCCCUUACAUGCCCGAAUUGCCUAUCCCAACAGAAUCUAUCAUAAACUAUAAUAAAUCACUACCACAAAUAAAUGGGAUUCAUGCAGCCCCAAGUGGGUUGGAAAGUACAUCUCUUGUGCUUGUGUAUGGAUUAGAUUUAUUCUACACCAGAGUAGCACCUUCCAAAACCUUUGAUGUGUUAAAAGAAGAUUUCGAUCCGUUCCUCAUCUCAAUGGUUUUAGUUGGACUUGGCUUAGCAUCUUACACAACAAAACGAUUAGCCUCACGCAAAGCUCUGAAGCAAGCAUGGAAAUAA